AUGGAAUUACAAGAUGACACACCUGUGCUAGGUCUUCAUUUUCACGUCAUAGGUGAGGGUGUUGUUCGAGUAGGUUCCGGCAGACAUGAACGCUUAUUUGAUAAAGAGAAUUAUAUUGACUUUAGGAUGCGUCUUCUUGGUGAACCAGGACAUACACCAUCGUUACUGUCUCCUGGCAUCCACAGCUUCCCGUUUAAGCUUGGACUGCCUAUGGGUCUGCCCUCAACAUUCCUUGGCACUCAUGGAUGGGUCCAGUACUACUGUAAAGCAGCAUUGCGAGAGCCGAAUGGCUUAACACAUAAAAACCAACAAGUUUUUAUUGUUAUGAACCCAAUUGACUUAAAUUUGGAGCCUCCUGUGUUAUCUCAAGAGCUGGAGUGCAGCGUGGAGCACCGCGUGGGCGUGGGCUGCGUGGGCGGCGGCGCACUGGCGUGCCGCGUGGCGCUGGACCGCGGCGCCUACGUGCCCGGCGAGAGCAUCGCGCUCUCCGCACACCUCGUCAACAACUCGCGCACCGCCAUCAAGUGCACGCGUGCUGCCCUCACCGAGACGAUCGAGUACUGGGCGCACGGUAAGGUGGCCGCGCGCGAGGUGCGCGAGCUGGCGGCGCUGCGGCGCGGCAAGACGCGCGCCGGCGGCACCGACCGCUGGCGCGAGCUGCUGUACGUACCGCCGCUGCCGCCCACCAACCUGCGCGGCUGCCACCUCAUCGCCCUGCACUACGACGUUUUCUUCAUUAUCGAGCCGAAGAGUCUAGAAAAGGAGGUGAAGUUGCAACUGCCAAUCGUGCUGGGCACGUACCCGUUCCGUGAGGCGGGCGAUGAGCGCGAGCAGAGCGAGCAGCCGCCCACACACUACCCCACCACGCUGCCCGUGUUCCGCGCCUGGCUGCACGACAAGCCGCGCUGA